AUGGCGGAGUGGCAAGUUCGUGAACAUCCCGAUACUAUCGUCUUGUUCGAUGUAGAUGGUACUUUAACACCGGCUCGUAGGAAAAUAACACCAGAAAUUGCUGAAAUACUUAAAGUUUUGAAAAAAAAAGUGGUCAUCGGUUUUGUGGGUGGUUCUGACAUCUCAAAACAACAAGAACAACUUGGACAAAAUGCUAUUGACGAAUUCGACUUUGCAUUCUCUGAGAAUGGACUUACUGCAUAUAGACUAGGAAAACAACUCGCUUCUCAAAGUUUCCUUGAUUGGAUAGGUGAGGAGAAAUAUUCGAAAUUGGCUAAUUUCAUUUUGAAAUACAUAGCAAACCUUGAUCUUCCAAAGAAACGUGGAACAUUCAUAGAGUUCAGGAAUGGAAUGAUUAAUGUUUCGCCCAUUGGAAGAAACUGCAGUAUAGAAGAACGGAAUGAAUUUGAGGCAUAUGACAAGAUUCAUAACAUUCGACCUAAAUUUGUGCAAGCAUUAAAGAAUGCAUUUCCCGAUUAUUCUCUGACAUUUUCGAUUGGGUGGGAUAAAACUUAUUGUCUCGAACAUCUUGAGUCUGAAGGAUUUAAAAAUAUUUACUUUUUUGGCGAUAAAACUUACGAGGGAGGAAAUGAUUAUGAAAUUUAUAUUCAUCCUAAAGUUAUAGGACAUUCUGUUAAAAAUCCCGAAGAAACCCUUAAGAAAUUAAAAGAACUUUUUAAUAUCUGA